AUGCAUGUUGAUGCGGUUUCUUCAAUAUCUACAUUAUUGGGUGUAGGUAACAACAGUUUGAUUACGAGUUACUUGAAGCCCUCGAUUCUGCCGGAUAUUCAGAAGUUUUAUGUUAAUGUAGGUUUCAUGUUGUUUGAUGUGAACUAGUAUUGCAGGAUGGGACAAAUGGAUAUGAAGUUUAUUUUGUUGAGGAAAAUGGAGAAUUUGUGAGAUAUUUGAAUUACACAGGAUCUCUGGUAAGGUUUUGGCUGGUUUUAGGUAAUAAGAGCGGUUUUUUGUUACCUAAUGUUAGUACAGAUUGAUUUAACAACCAUAAAUUUUACUGUUCUUUUUAACUAGUGAUAAAAAGCUACUGAUAAAAAACUUAAAAUAAUGGCAUUCUCGUAUUUUAGGCCGGCUUUUACAAUGCCAGGUAUCUGUUCGAAUGGGUAAAACACAAGAAGUUAGCGGUACCUGUUGGCAAGUACAAGUUUUUUGUUAGGAACGCAUUUAAAGAGGAUGUGAAAAGCCAUUUCAUCAUGAUUAUGUUACAAUUGCCAUCGGUUGAGACGACGAAGAAGACUACUUUCUCUGUCGACGAUAUCUUCUCUGUAAUUGAUGUUUUGUGUGAUAUUCAGACUCCAGAUGUUUGUAAGUGUAUUAGGAAUACUAUUGAUUAGAACGCGGUACUGUAACAAUAAUUUGAAAGUAUUGGUGUAAUGUUUAUGAGCUAGAUGUAAGUUAUAUGACUUUUUCAGCCACUAAAGCUAAGGAUAUUGUAAAUGCAGAGAACCGUGUGCUUGUCAACAGCUUCUACACGAUGUAUAUGAAGCAGAAGAUUAAUGACUACCUUCAGUACAUCUUGAAUGAGUAUUCUGAGGUGUUUAUUAACGGGCGAGAAACAUUAGGAAAGGUACAUUUUUUGUAAUUUAAAGUAAAAUAUGCUGUAAUAUAAAUUUAAUUUUUAUAAUGGAUGCCUUUAGCUUAUGUUCUUGUACAAGUCAUUUGAAUCGUUGGAAGAUGCAUUUGUGGCCAGUGACAACGUGGAGAAGGUGUUUUGUCACGGUGAUUUGUCUCCUCAGCACAUUGACUUUGAUGAUGACGAUCGUGUAGCUUUCAUUGGCAGCUGGGAAGUAAGUUUUUGUCAAUUCACUAUGUAUUCUAAGAUUGUUUUGUUAAUUACGCCUGUUUAUGUUUGUUUCUUUCUAUACAAUAUCUUAUUAUAAGUUUAACGGUGGAUGUUAAGUUAUUUAAAACUUUAGAACUGCCAUUUUGGAGAGCCGGCUGAAGACAUAGCGUAUCUUGUACUGUCAUCUUUGGACAAAGAAGAAAGGACUAACAAUAUAAUGAAAAUUCUAAGAAGGUACCACUACAAAAUGGUCGAUUCUCGCAAAAACCUGUGUUCUCUCAAGACUCUCAAGAACUCGUACCUAAGAUACUUGAAAUAUUUUGUAUUUUUUUAGUAAGUUUACUUAAUUUCGGAUAUUUUAUGGGUCAAAAAACAAGGUGGGGUUGUAGUCGUUGUAAAAUUUCUUCAAAUAUGCAAAAUCGUUUCUUUAAAUUUUACGUCGCAAAAUUUUUUAAAAAUGUUUCUUAUCAGGUUUUAACUGCAAGUUAUGGUGUGGCUUUCUAUUCUCUUAUCACAAUUCUUGUACAAAUAAUUAUAUUUUAGCUUGUUUUCCCUGUGGAAUCAGAUCAACAACCCUGCCACUUCCUACAAAACUAAAGUAACCAUCGUACGGCGAUGGAGCCACGUAGUGGAGGACAGCUACAGCUACGAGAAGAACGAAUACCAGGUCGAGCUGGAUGAACAAUAUUAA